AUGCAGCACUACGGGGUGAACGGCUACUCUCUGCACGCCAUGAAUUCACUGAGCGCCAUGUACAACCUUCACCAGCAGGCGGCGCAACAGGCCCAGCAUGCACCUGACUACAGGCCUUCAGUGCAUGCCCUUACUCUUGCAGAGAGACUGGCUGACAUUAUCCUUGAGGCCCGGUAUGGCUCCCAGCACCGAAAGCAGCGGCGCAGUCGGACGGCCUUCACCGCCCAGCAGCUGGAGGCCCUGGAGAAAACUUUCCAGAAGACCCACUAUCCUGAUGUGGUGAUGCGGGAACGUCUGGCCAUGUGCACCAACCUGCCUGAGGCACGCGUUCAGGUCUGGUUCAAGAACCGCCGGGCCAAGUUUCGUAAGAAGCAGCGCAGCCUGCAGAAGGAGCAGCUCCAGAAACAGAAGGAGGCAUCCGGAGCUGCAGAGGGCUCUACAGAGGACUCCAAGACUGACCUCACCACCACCAAUGCCACCACUACCACCCUGGUUCCUGAAGCCCACACUCCUCCCCCUCCCUCCUCUUCCUCAUCCUGUCACUCAGAGACAGAGAGGCUGGCAGCCGCACGGCCCCAGCCUGGAGAGAUGAGCGUGGAAGUCAACGUCACCUCCCCUGAGCCAUCGGACAGCGAGUCAGCAGCGGAAGAUAAUGCUGACAGAGAGGAGGACGAAAUGAGAGGGGAGACAAGGGUGAAGAUCAGGGAGGAGACGCAAGGGGAGGGGGGAGCGCAGCCGGGGAGCAGCUCUCCAUCCUGCAAACGGCUGAGCCCCACGUCAGACUCUCCCUUGAGCUCCCCCGCCUUGCCGUCCUCCAGUAGCGUGACCAGCAGUUUGGCGCAAAGCAACUCCUACGCUUCAUCUCCUCUCAGCCUCUUCCGGCUGCAGGAGCAGUUUCGUCAGCACAUGGCCGCCACCAACAACCUGGUGCACUACCCGUCCUUUGACAUGAGCACGCCGUCCUCUCUGCCCUACCUGGGCAUGAACGUCAACAUGCCGUCCCCUCUGAGCUCGCUGCCCUGCCAGUCCUACUACCAGACCCUGUCACAGGCCCAGCAGGUAUGGAACAGUCCGCUGCUGCAGGCGGCGCCAGGCAGCCUCCCUGGAAGCCUCAACAGCAAGACCACCAGCAUUGAGAACCUCCGUCUGAGGGCCAAGCAGCAUGCAGCCUCGCUGGGAUUGGACACACUCCCCAACUGAAGCUCAGGCUGCUCAGUCCUCAUGUGUUCGCCCUCUAGUCAGGGCCGUACCUAUGAAUUAUGGGCCCUGUCAACAGGAGGUGACUCUGGGCCCCCCUUCGCUUUCCUUUUGACCACUCUCACCACUGUCAGCAACUAUGGGUAUCCAUCCAAAACUCAGACACAUCUCCAAAAACUCAUCCGAAAUAUCCCAGAUUUACCCAAUUGGCUGUCAUGAUUUUAAAAAUCCUCUGUUGUUGUACAAUGUUUUCUUUGCAGUUUUCUCGAUUUCAAAUAAAGCCAAUUUCAAAACCAGAGCGGCGUGACGAACAGUAGAAACACCACAAGCCAAAAAAUGUGUUUUAGAGCUGGCACUUUAAUUUGGGGCUCUCAGUUGUCGACACACGUAUUCCCCUUCACAUCAUCAUCAUUGUAUGGGCGCGCAGCUCGACGCCGGGGAACACACCAGAGCAUGACGGACACCUCUGCUGGAUAGACUUAACAGAAAAUAAGAUUAGAACAAGAACUCAAUGGACUAAAUGCAACAAAAAAAAAUCCCACCUGGACUGCAGUUGUAACUGAAAUGUACUUUUUGCCUGUGGAUUUUUGCUUGUAUUCGACGACUCCUGGUCAACAGCAUAAGCCAACUCUGCUAAAGCUAGCUGCUCACUAUGUUUUCAGCCUUCUCUGUGACGUCAGGACAGGAAGUCUUAAACUGCAGAGCUGUCAGUCUUAUUCCAGGACAGAUAUAAGAUAUUAAAAUAUUCUAUAACUCAACCCCUGAACGUGAACUAUGCAUGCAUGCACCCCUCUGAAGCAUGGCUUACAGCCGCAAGACACAGAAUGAAGUCACAUCAGAUCUGAUAUCAGAAAUAAAGCUCAGAUCAUGCAAUAUAAUCCCACACACGACUCCUUGUUUAAAGUUACAGCACUCAUCUUAGCCUGCAAGAAUCCAUUGAGCGUUGUAAAUACAGUAGCCCUCAGUGUUCGCCUCCAUCUGCCUGGCUAAAGAGUAACUCCAUGUCUCCUUUUGUGUGAAGGAUUUGAGUGGAAAUACAUUUUUUAAUUGUGGCUUUAAGCAAAGGACCUACAGCAGAGGCACAGUGACAAAUAAAUGUGAACCCAGCAGACAUUUUUGUUCACUCGGGUGCCAGAACUCAACAGAGUCACCACUUUUUCUGACCCACUGGCUUCAGCAGAAAGACGCACAGGCCCAUUCUCUAUGUAUAUCACUGUAGAUUCAAGACAUGUAUUUCUCAAUUGUUUAAAAUGUGAGUAAUUUAUCUGUUUAAUG